AUGGCUCCCCCAUCCCGUUGUGAUGUCCUCGUUGCAGGGAGCGGCAACGCGGGCUUUGCAACUGCUGUGGCGGCGAAAGAGGCUGGGGCAAAGCAUGUUCUUCUCAUCGACAAGUGCCCGGAAGAAUGGGCAGGAGGCAACUCGUAUUUCACGGCCGGCGCGUACCGGACUGUCCAUGGCGGGACGGCGGAUCUGCUGCAAUUGGUCAACAACGUGGACGCGGAGACGGCGAAGAGGAUCGACUUGGAGCCGUACACGGUUGACAAUUUCUCGAACGACAUGAAAAGGAUAUGCAGCGGCCGAUCUGAGCCGCGGCUGGCCAAGAUUCUUAUUGAGGAUUCAAAUGCAACGGUCAAAUGGCUGAAAAGCAACGGCAUUCGGUUCCAGCUGUCGUUCAACCGCCAAGCGUACGAAGUCGACGGGCGCCUGAAGUUCUGGGGCGGGUUGUCGUUGAAGACGCAGGACGGAGGAAAGGGCUUGAUCGAAGACCACAAGACCGCGGCUAGGAAGCACGGCGUGGAAGUGCUCUACUCUACCCCGUUGAAACGCCUGAUAACGGACCCCAAGACUGGCGCCGUCACCGCGGUCGCGGUGCAGUCCAAUGGUGAGGAUGCCGUUAUUCGGACUGGCGCAGUCAUCUUGGCAGCUGGAGGCUUCGAGAGCAAUCCUCGCCUGCGAUCACAGUAUUUGGGUCCCGGUUGGGAUCUCGCGAAAGUGAGAGGCACCCCCCACAACACUGGCGAUUGCCUCGAGACAGCCAUCCGCGACGUCUCGGCCGCUCAGACUGGAAAUUGGUCAGGAUGUCAUUCCGUGGCCUGGGACGCGAACGCGCCUAGCGAUACGGGCGAUCGGGAGGCCUCUAACGAGUUCACAAAGUCCGGAUACCCGCUAGGCUUAAUGUUCAAUACACUAGGAGAGCGGUUCGUCGACGAAGGCAUCGACCUGCGUAAUUACACGUACGCCAAGUUCGGACGCGCAAUCCUCGCACAGCCGAGCCACGUCGCCUUCCAGAUCUGGGACUCGCGCACGGUCUCGUGGCUGCGGUCUGAAGAGUAUCGGCCGGAAAGAGUCGAGAGGAUCACGGCUGACUCGAUCGAGGAGCUCGCCGACAAACUAACGCCGCUGGGCCUGGAGAACCGCGACGCCUUCGUCCGCAACGUGGAGGAAUACAACGAAGCCGUCUAUGCUUUUCAACAGGAGAACCCGGACAAGAAGUGGGAUCCCGCCGUCCGGGACGGCAUGUCAACGCAGUCCAGGACGAAGCGGCUCGCGCUUGGGAAGACGAACUGGGCCCUCCCCGUGGACAAGGCGCCCUUCCUGGCCGUCGCCGUAACCUGCGGCAUCACCUUCACGUUCGGCGGGUUGAAAGUCAACCCCGAGACCGCGCAGGUUGUCAGCUCGAUGACGGGUAAGGAAAUCCCCGGGCUGUAUGCUGUCGGAGAGAUGAUGGGUGGUCUGUUCUACGAAAACUACCCCGGCGGCAGUGGCUUGACCUCUGGUGCCGUGUUUGGGCGGAGAGCAGGCGCGGCUGCUGCGAAGGCGGUGGCUCCAAGUUGA